GUCGCCAUCGGCCAUUCGCAGCGGCGCAGGGGGGCGCGCGCAAGAACGAACCUACCCACCACCACCUCCCGAGCUGAUCGAUGCUGAGCGCAGCCAAAUCCAGCCAUCAGCCACAGGAAUAUCACCAGGAAUUCCCCGUCCGUCUCCCUCUCUCUCCUCCCGCGCUACCUCCUCGUCCUCGCUACGGAGUACGGACCCACCCGCCCAGCCGGAGCGGGUCCUGUCGCUUCGCCUCCCGGGCCCCACCCGCCGCUUCCUCCGACGCUCCUGCCGGCGGCGGCGGGGGCGGCUGGCCGCGUAGAGCCGCCGUGAGGAGGAGCGUGCGCCGCCUGGUUCUGUGGUUGUCUUGUCGGAUCUUCCUUCAUUCUCGUGCGGCGCGGCGGCGGGUCCGGGGCGCGUGCGCGUCUAGCCGGCCCGGGAGAUGGACCGCGACGAGCGCCUCCGCCGCGCGCUCGCCGCCUUCGGGGGCGACGCGUGGGCGCUGGUGGACGCCGCGCUGGCCGCGGCCGCGCGGGACCGCCCGGGCGAGCUGCGCGCGCGCCGCGACGGCAUCGUCGAGCGGCUCUACGCCGCCGCCGCCGGCUGCAGCAGCUGCGACGCGCGCCCGCCGCCGCCGCGCGCCGCUUUGGCGGCGGCGGGGCUGGAUGAGGAGGACGGCGAGGAGGCGGCUGCUCCGGCCUCUCCUGUGGCCGAGGCUGACGCAGCGGAAGCCGGUGCCGCGGAGGAGGCCGAGGAGCUCGGCGCCGGCGCCGGCGGCGAGCCCGGGCUGGAGAGCAGGAUCGUGGCCAUCAGGGACUUCUUGGAGGACCCCGACCAGCCCGAGGACGAGCUGGUGAGCUUGCUGCAGAACCUGGCAGACAUGGACGUCACCUACAAGGCGCUGCAGGAGACUGACAUCGGCCGGCAUGUGAAUGGUCUGCGCAAGCACCCCUCGGCUGAAGUCAGGAGACUGGUGAAGCAGCUCAUCAGGAAGUGGAAGGAGAUAGUGGACGAAUGGGUGCGCCUGCACAAUUCCGGCGUUGACGGUGGCUCCUCGAUCAUAGCUGAUGGCUACUCCCCGGAGAAAAUCCAAGGCAGGAGCCAUCGAAGCCCUCGGGUUUCAGGGUUUCAGUAUUCUCCCAGCCCGCAGCGACAUGAUGGCUCUACUACAGAGAAGACUAACAACGGACUUGAGCCAACAAUGGAUAUGAAGCGCAGGCCCAGCCCGGUACCCACACAUCAUAACUCCAGGCAGAUGAACAACAACCAUCAUUCUACUACUAUGUCAUCUGCUCCAGCUUUUUCCAUGCAGAAAGUGACAAGGGACCAUAAGGACAGUCUCCUGGACCUUGAUUCUGCAAGAAAGAGGCUCCAGGAGAAUUAUCAGGAAGCACAAAAUGCCAAAAAGCAGAGGACAAUCCAAGUGAUGGACAUCAAUGAGAUACCAAAGCCGAAGAACAGAAAUGCUCUCAUCCGCAAGAGCGGCAUCGGCGGGCUCCCGGCAAGGCACCAAUAACCUACCUAGCCUUCACCGGCUCGACAUUGCGUCAGUUGCAAACUUGUGCCCUAAAAAUAUGACGAAAAAGAAAAGAAGCAAACGGUUUCUUCUUCUUUUUCCUAUGUUCUUGGUUGCCUAGCCUUACCUCCAGUGUAAUAGUCAUCAGGUACAUAAGUAUGCUUUUUCUCAAGGUUAAAAAAAUAGAAAUUGGAGUUUCUUCCACUGUUUUUGUUAUAUAUGCCUAUGUUUCGGUU